CUGUGCCGCUGCCGGCUGCGCAAUCUGCACACCGAGACUCCGACGCCAGCCAGGGACCCCACUCCCGCUACAGGGACCCUGUCCCAGUGAGACCACAGGCAUGUCAUCGGAAAAGUCAGGCCUCUCAGACUCAGUCCCUCACACCUCUCCACCACCCUAUAAUGCCCCCCAGCCCCCAGCCGAACCCCCCGCCCCACCCCCACAGGCAGCCCCCUCCUCUCACCACCACCACCACCACCACUACCACCAGUCCGGGACUGCCACCCUCCCGCGCUUGGGGGCAGGCGGCCUGGCCUCUUCCGCGGCCACUGGUCAGCGCGGUCCCUCAUCUUCCGCCACUCUGCCGCGGCCACCACACCACGCCCCGCCCGGCCCGGCCGCUGGGGCGCCCCCACCCGGCUGCGCUACCUUGCCCCGCAUGCCACCCGACCCUUACCUGCAGGAGACUCGCUUCGAGGGCCCACUGCCCCCGCCGCCGCCAGCCGCCGCCGCUCCGCCCCCGCCGGCGCCCUCUCAUACUGCCCAGGCUCCGGGCUUCGUGGUGCCCACGCACACGGGGGCGGUAGGCACGCUGCCACUGGGGGGCUACGUAGCCCCUGGCUACCCCUUACAGCUGCAGCCUUGCACUGCCUAUGUGCCGGUCUACCCGGUGGGCACGCCCUAUGCAGGCGGGACCCCGGGGGGAACAGGAGUAACCUCCACGCUCCCCCCGCCGCCCCAGGGCCCAGGGUUGGCCCUGCUGGAGCCGAGGCGCCCCCCGCACGACUACAUGCCCAUCGCCGUGCUGACCACCAUCUGCUGCUUCUGGCCUACGGGCAUCAUCGCCAUCUUCAAGGCAGUGCAGGUACGCACGGCCUUGGCCCGCGGAGACAUGGUGUCUGCCGAGAUCGCUUCACGCGAGGCCCGGAACUUCUCCUUCAUCUCCCUGGCGGUGGGCAUUGCAGCCAUGGUGCUCUGUACUAUCCUCACCGUAGUCAUCAUCAUCGCCGCGCAGCACCACGAGAACUACUGGGAUCCGUAAGGGCUCACCCGGCCCGUCCCCACCCCGCGCCCCUCAACUUCCCGAGCGCGUUCUGCAGCCACGCCGCGGAUCCAGUGGGUGCCCCGCACACCUGCCUCUGGGGCCACCAAAUUUCGAUACAACCUAAACUCGGCCUCCACGGAACUUCUCGCCUUGAGGGCACGCUCCGAAUCCAGUUCCUCAGGAACCCCGGAAAAAAACCCACCCCCAGAAAUGCCACUUCCCGGGAUCCCCGCCAGAUGCCCGGCCCUCAGUCACUCCAGUCCCCCGCCUCUAAAUGCAGCGCCCCCAGCCGAGCUCCCUCGGUCUCCGCUCCCCAGCCCGAGACAGGUCCCCAAAGCCCCGCCUCCUCUAUAGGCUCCGCCCCGGCUCUGACAAAACCCCGCCUCCAGGUCGGCAGGCUCCGCCUUCUUUUCCGUCCCCGCGGGGUGAUUCAGUCCAGUGAUUGGGUUGUGGCGCUAGGUCUCCCCGACAGACUGACAGACUCUUCCCCUUCUCCCCGCGCAGGGGGCCUAGCCCGGGGUAGCCACGCCCCCACGCUCUCUCAUCUUUUCGUAGUACAGUUUUGUCUCCUCCAUCCCGGUCUCUUGCUAUUUUCUUGCUAAUCCCAGCACCUCUACUUUUGGUAUUUUUGGAAUGAGAUUUGGGAGGUUCCCAGUUUAGGACCUUUCACCCCGGGAUGACGAAAGUCCCCGUUCUCUGUAAAUAUUCCCUUCCACCUAUCCCAACCAGUGGGCAGCUGGGCAGAAGGUAACCCAGGGUACGUACUUCGUACUUCCCAACGUCCGGAGGAGCCAGUCUGCUCCCCGCUCCCCUUGGCAGUCCCCACGUUGUUCUGAUUUGUGUGUGAGUGUGUGUGUGAAUUUCUGAAAGAAUAUUAAAGAGACUAAGUGGAUUCAUCACCCGCACUUCCGAAGACUGCAGCCUUGCAAAG